AUGGAUGACAUGGAGGAUUUAUAUGUUGAAGUUAAUUCUGAAGCUGAAACCACUUCAACAGCACCCUCAGCUUCAAGUGCUAAUAGUUUAACUCGAAAAAAGCGAAAAUCUACAUUACCAUCUGAAGAAGUAGAAGAAUCUGAUAGCUCAACAAGUGAAGAAGAUGAAACUCCAUCUGGUGGUUCACGGCGGCAUUGGCAAUAUGCUCAUCGCCAAUUUCGACAACGAAUGCAGUCGACCAAAGGAAAAGGGAGAAAAAAAAAUUUAGUUCGAAUUGCAACAAUACUCGAUCCCCGCUUUAAAGAUUUCAAAUGGAAUGAUACAAAUGAAGAAAAAAACGAAUCACUUAAAGUAUUACAAGCACAAUAUGAUUCUGCAAAAAGAGAUUUUCAAACUGGUGAUAUUCAACAAGCAACACCUAUUAACGAUUGUACUGAUGAUGACGAUGAUUUCUUUCAAGCAUUAGAACGUAAAGGAUUAAGCAGUUCAUUUUUAGCUGAGGAGGAUGAAGUGUCACGUUAUAUGAAUGAUGAUAUUCUUACCAUUACCGUUACUCAUUGA